AUGCCACAGUACGUCUAUGGGCAGGACCCAUUUUUAAAGGUGGCUUCAGGAGCUGCAGACGGUCUGCUACAUUCUUCUCCGCCACAAAAUCGGCGGUUCUUUUCUGAGGCAAAAACGGAUUUGUCUAACUUGAAAAAAACCGCGCGGUCCCAACGAACUGACCUUUACCGCUGUCGGAGUCGGGGCAGCUCACCAAACAGUCCUCUUGGUCACUCGCCAAGACGGCAUGGUAGAUCACUUCGUGACAACACUCCCCCUCGCGGUACCACCCCGCGUGGUACGACACUGCGUGGUACGACACUGCUUGGGAGCCGGUUAGGAGGGGAACGAAGGGAAGGCCGCCAUUUUUUCGAGUCCCCCAGACUGCUGUACCGAAGAGAUAGACACGCUGAGUCCGGUCCCAGGUCCCGAGGCCGUGGACCGCCCGAUACUUGGUACCGAGAACGUGGGUCACCCGAACCGUGGCCGUGCGACCCCUGGGGGUGGACGGGCUCACGAGCCGUCUACCGCGAGCCAGGGCGAAGACGAGCCAGUUGGCACCUGCGCCAUCGCCCGCCCGACUGUCGGGGAAUGUGGAACGAAGACAACGAGUUCGACUCCUGGCCAGCGGACUCCGACUCGUUUUCCAACAGCUCCACCAGUCGCUCACUUAGUUCAGACUCGGCGUCGGACGCCGAACGCUUCACCAAGGAAGAGCUCAAGGCCACCAUCAAGACCCUGAUAGCGAAUCAAGACGCCUUGGUGAAAAAACUGGAAACCUCGUGCUGCCGCCCCUCCAGCUGUCCCGUCUUGCCCUGCAGCUGCCCCGAAAGCCCCAAGUGCUGCAACAACUCUGAUCCAGACCUGCUGCCCCACCAAUACGAUUGCACACACGACUGCACACACGAUUGCACACACGAUUGCAACCACAACAGCAAACACCCGUGGGAUGAGUGCCACACGACAGUGUGCGGCCGAGUGCAGACUCCGGAGUGUGUGCGGGAGCUAGCCGGUGCGGAUGGCGAUGUGUGCACACACGUGUCCGCCACGUGCCCGUCCGGCGCGCACGUGUCCGGCUCCCUGCGGCGAGACCCUGCGACCCGCCCUCAGCACCGCUGCACUGCGUCGAGCCGCCGCUGCUGCGGCGGCCUCGCACCCGUGUGUGCACAGCCGCACACACUCGAUGCUGAACUCCGCCUCCCGCGGAACUUUAGGCAGGUCGUGGCCGACGGUUACGAGACCGAGCCGCUGGGGGCGGUUUCGCUUGCCGGUCCGCAAUUCGGGCCACUGACGGAGCUGUUUCCGGCCGAGGAACUGCCAGCUGCGGACGCCAUGUUGAUGGCAGCCGAAAAUGGGGCUCUGGGCCACGGAGCUCUGGGACAUCACGGAGCUCUGGGUCACGGAGUUGUGGGCCACGGAGUUGUGGGCCACGGGGCUCUGGGAAAUGGCGUCAUCGGGAAUGGGGCCGUGGGGUACGGGGUUCCGGGAGUCGGGACGGGGCAUGAGCCGAUGCCGCCACCGGAGCUGAAGGCGGCGUUGACUGCACAGAUCGCAC